CACAUAUGUUAAUAUUACAUUAUUGAAAAUAUUUAUAGGGGGUGGGGUGAAGAAGUAAUCAAAAUUUAUAGUUGCUAUUGUUAGAUUUAGGUUGAAAAGCAGAAUAUUUAAAACAUAAAGGAAUGGACUAAUUUUCAUGUUUAAAGCAUGUAAAUGAAUUUCAUUGUUUUAAAUGUAAUUAUAAUUUAUUUGUACACAGGGCCAGUUAUAUCGAUUAACUGAGUCAGGGAAACUCCUCCACAACUGUCAGAUUGCAAUUCCGACAUAUUGGGAACAGAAUUCGUUUUAGGUUGUUUUUAUUCUGUGUAUUUAAAUGUUCUUUUUAGAUAUUGUGUAAACAAGAAAUAGUGUUUUGUUAAAUGGCAGAUCCCAAAAGUAUUGAGGAUGUUUCAUUUUGGCGGAAUAAAGCUGAAGAAUUCGAAAGGGAAUUCGAAGAUUUCAGAGAGAGUUCUCAAAUGUUGGAAAAAGAAUUAGAGGCAUCUCUUGAACAAGCUGAAAGAACUAUAAGAGAAUUGAGGUUGAAAAACAACAGUUUACAACUAGAAAAUGAAGCUAUGAAGGACAAGUAUGAUGUUCUACAAAGAGCAACUGAGACACAGAUCUCAGAGAUGGAAGAAGAAGCAAAUCAGCGACACAAGAGGGAGGAGGAAUAUGUUAAGUAUAUUCGAGAACUGGAACAAAAAAAUGAUGAUCUUGAGAGAUCUCAGAGGGCAAUGUAUACCUCAUUGGGUGAGUUCGAAACGAAACUUAAUUACGCCCUAGAACGUAAUGUUCUCUUGGAAUCAGAACUUGAUGAAAAAGAAUCAUUAAAAACAAUGGUUCAGAGGCUAAAAGAUGAAGCAAGAGAUUCAAACAAGAUGGAAUCUAGUGAUUUGAUUGUUAACUCAAAUUGUCUCAAUAAUACUCCAACCAAGAAUAUCAAUUCUACUAAUUGCCUCUUGAACCAGCCGAACAGGAUUUCAGCAAUGAAUAUUGUUGGGGAUCUACUUAGAAAAGUUGGGGCCCUCGAAUCCAAACUAGCAUCUUGUCGAGGCAGCUCAAGGGACAGUAUUUCACCAAGUGUUGGUGAUUUAGCAGUAAGGGAUAACCAGUACAGAGAUUCAAGCCAUCAAAACAAACAUGGUUUAGUUAACAAGCGCCGAUUUAUUAAGCAUUAAUUUCAAGCAAUUACGAGGAUAUAGAGUCUCGGAGACUAAAUCGUGGAACUUCAACUCCAUCUAUUCACAAUCUGGCUCGUUCAUAAAAUGUUAUUUUUUUUUAAAAAGAUAUAUUAGAGAGAUAUAUAUAUGAAUAUAUAUUUAUUUAUUAUUUUUGGUUGUAAAUAUUUAUUUGUACAUAGAGUUAGUUAUCUGAUACAUAUAAGUUGAAUAUUGUUCUGUGCCUUCUCUCAUUGAAUUUGAUUUAGUUGUGGUUUAGGAUAGGUGCGAACACUUUUGAUCAAAAUACAUGAUGCUAUGAGGAGCCUUGACCAAGGGGGGAGGUAUUCUAAGCAAAUAUCAAACUUUUGACUUUUUAUAUAGAAGUUUCUUUUUAGAUAAAUUCACAUUUUAUUGUAUAAAUAUAAUUACAUAAUCUGUGUUUGUAAAAUGUUUAUGAACAUAUUUUUCAGGAUUUAUAUAAUUUUUAAAUUUUUGUUAACAUUCUUUAUGUUGUUUAUGUACCUAUUAUCUGUAUAGUUUUUGUAGUAGCUUAUGAAAUCAUGAAUUACUUAUAUGAUGUAAUCGUUUUUAUUUGUAUAAAAUUAAUAUUUUUAUUAAAAUUAUGAUCUUAUCAGGUAUAAGGAAAGGAUAUACCCAGACUGAGGAUGAUAAUAUUACUCACUACACCUUUCUUAGAGACAAUAUGCUUUAGCUCCACUUAUUGGUGGCUUGUUGCCGCUGAUUGUGGAGACUGUUCUGUUUUUUUUUAUGAACUCUUCCCUAGAUGUAUAAAUUGAUGCAAAUAUAAGAUAAUCAAAUAUUUCAG